AUGAACGUGAUCGUAGUUGUACACGUGUUUUUAUUAGUAACCGCUAAUGCAUUCAAUUACGAUGCAGUGACUUACGAUCGCCCGUUGCUUUCUUCUUCUCCAUCUUCUUCGUCGGAUGUUCACGAUUGGCUCUCGAGAAACGAGAAAACGGGGAGAUUAGCAGGGUUGUUAUUAUCCGAGGUGCAACUAUCGGAUAAAAGGAAAGGUAGAGAAACGAAGAGAUUAGAGGAUAGAUGGAUGUUUGGAAACUCGAUCGAAGGAAAAACGGGCAUCGAUAUCUCCGAGGUGCGAGACGCGAGUGACACGAACAGGAAAUGUUUCGAUCGGAGAAGGGAAAGCUCGUGGAACGGAGAUUACGAUGAUUAUGGGAAGACGAGGAUCCUUCGUAGAGGAUUCAUCGUUGGAAGGAGAGGUGAAGGAGAGGCUGACGGUGACAAUAAUAAAAACGAUAAGAAGGAUAAUAGGAGUAGGCGGCAGAAGCGGCCAGUGCCGGCGAAUGGACGGAAUCUCGAGGACGGAUAUUCAGACGAAGGGGACGUUGAAGAGAAGAACGUACGAAACUUUCUCGAGCAGUUGAGGAGAAGAAUGAACAAGGGUGAAUUGGAACAGUCGAUAAUGACUGGUAGUGGUGGUGUUGGUGGUGGUGUUGGUGUUGGUGGUGGCGACGGUGGUGGUGGUGGUUACAGGCAAGGUAGAAGACAUAAAUUGAAUAGUCAACAGCAGGGCACCCUCCUUGUCGAGGCUCUCAGGAAGAAACGAAAUUACACCGGAGAUGAUCGAGGGAGUCAUAACAGUGACGUUCAAAUUGGCAUAAUGGAUAUGUUGGGUAGAAUGAUACCGCAAACCUGUACGUACAAAGGAGCUACGUUCGACUGUGGCCUUAGUAUCAGCUGCGUUCUUGGGGGUGGUCGUCCGGUCGAUCUCUGUUCCGGUGGAUUAAUUUGGAGUUGUUGCGUGGAUGACGAUGACAUCCCUGAAAAGAUACCACGACCAACAACUGGAUUACUGCAAAACGCAACGCUUUCGUUUAACGUGGGAAAUCAACAUCCGUACGUGGACGACGACGUACAAAUCUACGAGAAUGCGGCAAGGCCGAGCAAACCGAUGUAUAGCGGUCCGAACGAACACGGAUCGAGCUACCUGUACGCCAACAUCGCGAACAAGCCGUCGACCGUUCACGUGUCCUCACAGACGUGGAAUUACGAUCGUCCUGUGUAUACGAGUCGUCCACCACUUUAUCAUCCGCCUCUGGAUGAAUACGAUGCCGUUUCUCCCGAUGUUUCGGGGAUACAUACACCGAUCGAGGAUGUCUCAAACUCCCUGGAUUAUUCGAAAUACCGUGGUUGCGGUGAACUUUAUACAAGGAGCAACAGAAUCGUGGGUGGGCAUAGUUCUAGUUUCGGCAGUCAUCCAUGGCAGGCUGCUAUCAUCAAGUCUGGUUUCCUUACGAAGAAAUUAUCCUGCGGUGGUGCUUUAUUGAACAACAGAUGGGUAGUUACCGCAGCUCAUUGUGUCGCAACAACACCAAACGGCAACCUGAAAGUGCGCCUCGGCGAAUGGGACGUUAGGGACGGAUCCGAACGAUUGUUGCACGAAGAGUUCAACGUCGAGAGGAAAGAGGUUCAUCCGCAAUAUUCACCGACCGAUUUUCGGAAUGACGUGGCACUGGUGAAGCUUUCAAGAACAGUAGCGUUCAAGCAACAUAUCGUGCCUGUCUGUUUACCAGCGAAAAAUCUGAAACUUUCGGGACGUACCGCAACGGUUGCUGGCUGGGGUAGGACCAGACACGGGCAAAGUUCGGCACCGUCGAUUCUUCAAGAGGUUGAUGUCGAAGUAAUUCCCAACGAAAGAUGUCAGCGUUGGUUUAGGGCGGCUGGAAGACGGGAAACCAUUCACGACGUCUUUUUAUGCGCUGGUUACAAGGAAGGCGGACGAGAUUCUUGCCAGGGAGACUCUGGUGGUCCUUUAACCAUGUCCGUGGAAGGAAGACACGUAUUAAUCGGUCUUGUAUCCUGGGGUAUAGGGUGCGGUCGUGAACACCUGCCCGGCGUAUAUACGAAUAUUCAGAAAUUCGUGCCUUGGAUCGACAAAGUGAUGAGUUAG